GUGACUUGUUGGGGCGAUCAGCUGGUAAGGCAGAAAGCCUAAAGUUAGCUCUUAACCUGGCUCUCUCCGUAUUGAACUACAUCAUGCCUUUUUGGCAUUCGAUUUGAACCAGAGAGGUCCCGCCUCAGAGACACACAUGAUGGAAGGAUCAGAGGUUGAACCCGUGUCAGAGGGAUCGCACCCAGUUAAUCAGUCUCACAACAGCACGUCUAAUGUAGAAGAGGAGAAACAAAUGUCUCACAACAGUGCAGACGAAGCAGAAAAAUGCAGUAAGGCAAACAAUGAAGCAGAGCUUGACAGUGAAUUAAUCACGACGGAUCUUCAGACAGACACAAAGACAAAAUCUCAAACAUGCAGUCAGAAGCAUGUAGAAGGGAGUCAGCUGGAUGCCAAUAACUGCUGUGAUAGCAGUACAGUUUCCAUGGAAGGCGGUGCUCCUUCACUUUCAGAUGAGGCUGGUGGAGUUUUGGUAGUCACCACUUUAGAUGAUGUAGUAGAAAACUCCCCUUCUGUUCUUGAAGGGACAAUAGAAACGUUGACUUUGGAUGAAGUGAAGGACUCAAAUACCACCCCUCCAAACAACAACAAGAAGCCAUCCGUUUUGGGUACAAAUUGUCCCGCAGAACCAUCGCCUGCUGAUGAUAGUGGUUCACCUGACAGCCCAUCAUCCUCUUCCGUCCAAAGCACUUCCAAAACCCCCACUGACUCGACAACCACCUCUGGGAUUUGUAAUGGCCCCUCUACCCCCAGUUCCGACACUGUCAGCUCCUCCCUUGCUUCCAGCCCGCAAACCAGUGCCAACCUCUCGGCCUCCUCGCAUCCCUUGUCAAGUCCAUAUGACACUGAUUGCAGCCGAAAGCUCAUCUCCCAGAUCCAGCGCUCGCUGUCACAGGAGUCGCUGCUGGAUGAGCUAGAGUCAGAGCUGUUGGCAUGUCAGCUGCCUGAGGGUGAAAGUGGGGGUGAGAGCAAAGGGAGCCCACCUGUCAACGGACUCCCUGCAGACCAAGAGGACUGCAUGGUGGUCUUUGAGAAGUGUGUGCAGUACAAGUAUGCACAGCAGGAGAAAUCUAUUCAGAGGCUGCUCGAGGAGAACAAGAGGCAUCAGGAGCUGAUCUUAGGUAUCUGUUCAGAGAAGGACAACAUGAGGGAAGAGCUGAAAAAGAGGGCAGAGACGGAAAAGCAGCACAUGACCACCAUUAAAAAGUUGGAGGGCAGGGUGGAGGAGCUGCUAAAAGAACUGAAGGAGUCGCGGGAUAAACUGAUUCACCAGGACCAGGCAGCAAAGGCUGCCCUCCAGCAGAUGCAGAAGGAGAUGUCCUACAGGCUAGAACAGGUGGGCAAGAAGUCUGAUGAGGCACGCCAAGAGAAGGAGGCCAUGGUGAUGAAAUAUGUGCGGGGAGAGAAGGAGGCCCUGGACCUGAGGCGGGAUAAGGAAGGUUUGGAGAAGAGGCUGAGGGAAGCCACCAAGGAGGUUGACCGCCAAGCCCUCCGAGGAAACCAGCUGGCUCAGGAGAAAGGUCGGCUGCAGCAGCUGUAUGACGCUAAGGAAGGCGAGGUUAGCAGGUUGACUCGAGAGGUGGAAAAGUUGAAGGAAGAGAUUAACUCACAUCUCAUCAAGGUCAAAUGGGCCCAGAACAAACUCAAGACUGAGGCAGAUACUCACAAGGAAACUAAAGACAAACUGAGAGAGACCACUUCCAAAUUGGCCCAGGCCAAAGAGGAAACUGAACAGAUCCGCAAGAACUGUCAGGACAUGAUUCGAACAUACCAGGAGUCAGAGGAACUCAAGUCCAAUGAGCUGGAUGCUAAACUGAGGGAGACCAAAGGAGAGCUGGAGAAACACAAGCAGGAACAAACAGACCAAUUAGAGGUGCAUCGAGUGAAGGCCAAAGAGCUGGAUGACCUGAAAAGGAGUUACAAAGAGGGCAUGGAUGAGCUCAUCACUUUGCGAACCAAGUUAAAGUGUCUGGAGGACGAGCGUCCACGCUGGGAGGACGAACUGAGCAAGUACAGGGAGAUCAUCAACCGUCAGAAAGCUGAAAUCGGACGCCAGAGAGAAAAGCUUGAGGAGAUCACCGCGCUCCAGGAGCAGAGUCAACGUGAUAAACAGGAGAUUAUUUCUCUUCGUGAGGAAGUGGACGGCCUGACCAACCAGAUGGCUGACCUCCAGCGGGAUGUACAAGGCAGCAGGGAGCGUGAAGCUGAGUUACUGGGCUUCACUGAGAAACUGAGCAGCAAGAACGCCCAGCUCCAAUCAGAAAGUAACUCACUGCAGACUCAUCUGGAUCAGCUCAACAGCAGCUUUACAGAGCUCCAAGCAAAGCUGGAGGAGACCAACAGGCUACUAGAUGAUAAGUCACGGCUGCUGAAACAGGAAGAAGUGCUGAGGCAGCAGGAGGUACAGGGCCUGCAGGAAGAGCGGGCAGCACUGCAGACAGAGGUGGCCCAACUAAAAACCAGAGUUGAAGAGCUGAGGGAUGAGCUGGUGACUCAGAAAAGGAAACAAGCUGCCAACAUCAAGGACCUGACAAAACAACUAACACAAGCCCGAAAGAGACUGGAGCAGGUUGAAAAUGGAGGCGGCGACCGAGAUGCCAGCAGUAUGGGCAGUCGCUCAAGCUCCUCAGGUACUGCCACUGGAUUUGGCUCCUUGAACGCACGCCACGGUGGGAGCAGUGGUGUUGAAGAGCGAUCACCAGAGAGCCAGUCGGGCCCUUCAGUGGUGGUCGUGGACAGCUUCCCAGAGGUUGACAAGACUGUGCUGGUGGAGCGCAUUGUCCGUCUGCAAAAAGCCCUGGCUCGCAAGCAAGAAAAGAUUGAGUUCAUGGAGGAUCACAUCAAGCAACUGGUGGAGGAGAUCCGCAAAAAGACCAAAAUUAUCCAGAGCUAUGUGCUAAGAGAGGAGUCAGGGGCCCUCUCAUCGGAGGCAUCGGAUAUAAACAAGGCCCACCUGAGUCGACGGGGAGGCAUCAUGGCUUCGCUUUACACCUCCCACCCAGCGGACAGCGGGCUGACCCUGGACCUGUCGCUGGAGAUCAACAGGAAGCUGCAGGCUGUGUUGGAGGACACACUGCUGAAGAACAUUACUCUGAAGGAGAAUCUGCAGACUCUGGGGGCUGAAAUUGAGAGGCUCAUAAAACAGCAGAGAGAUCCUGACGAUGGAGUGAGGAGGAAGUGACGCAACGACGUCACAGGAAAGAGGAGGAAUAAAAGGACCAAGAACGACUUAAGGAACCUCCAACCCAAUAUCUUAUGAAGGGAGAGCAAAAUUUGAGAUUCACACACAGUGAUUCUUCUAACGUAUGAAGAAGCAAAUUGAAUGUUGUAAGUGCCAGUAGCACCUCAGGCUGCUUUUUGGUCCAUUUUGGAGAACGUUUCUGAACUUACUUGAACUGUCGUUAAUCCGUCCACAUUGUACCGCCUCCCUUGACAAAACAAAUCUUCCUCUGGCCAAUGUCCAUCUCCUCCGAGCCUUGCCAAGAUAAACUCCUCAGGCCAGUUUCUUCAAGCUAGAGAGACUAACUGCCUUGUAGACUAAUUGACUGAGGAUGCCAUAAUUAUGAAUGUAUAGCAAAUUCUACCGGGGAAAUUCUCCAAAACGACAAAAUCAGAUUUGCCAAUGAAAUAAUCUUAUUUAAAAGAAAAAAAAGACUGUUCUGGUACAGUUGUCUCCUCACAGCUCUGUCCACCGUACAGUGAGUAAACUGAAAUGAGAUGAUCAUCGCCCAGCAUGCUCUCCGCUUGUCUUCUGAUGUCCGUCUGCCAAUAAGCCAAAUGUAUUUUUUGAAAAGCUGCUGCUUCAACUUGACAACACAGCACUCCAAGAAGCAAAAGUAAAGAAAAAAGAUCAGCCCUGGCUUGUUGGAGAGACCUUGUGUGCCACCUGCACAUUUUUCAUCAACUUUUGCUCCGCACAGCACUUAUGAUGAAGCUGUUGUAGCAAGGUGCCUCGCAUCAGCAGACCCACCCAUCUGUGUGACACCGGUGCUAGACUGAAGGAAGCAGACUUUGUCUUUGCAAUGAUUCAUGCAGCCAACAGCACUGUACUGUCAGCGCGAAGUAUCCCAAUGUUAAGCUGUCGAAAACUGAAGAAAAUGUCUGAAGUAUAUUAUCGUGUUAAAGGUGCUGUAUGCGACAUUCAGAACAUUAAUGUAGAAACAAACAACUAUUUGCUAUGUGAAGAUGGAGUGCAGUAAUGAUGUCCUGAGCAGAUAAUGUCACGCUCCCUGUGUGUGUGUUGUUAUCCGAGUGUCUCUGUGGGUUGUGGUAGACGGUCUGGCUGCUUCCGUGCAUGUGAGCUGGCACUUUUGUGCCGUUAGCAUCGUUAGCUGCUCGCUGAGCUCAGCCACCUCCAUGUUGAAAGCAGGGUGCAGACAAUGCCACCCCAGACUCUGAAUUAUAGAUAUGCUCAGAAUGUCGCAUACAGCUUCUUUAAGGCUGAAAUGUGGCCAAUUUUGAAUGUGAUUAUUUAUUUUCAUUUUUGUUUGCAUAAACAUGACAUUUUAUUUGUUGGGUUAUCCAUUUUUAUUUUUAUCAUCAUGCAUUUUCACUUCAGAAAGCUUUCUUUUAGAGUUUUGGCCUUUGCUUUUAAUUUAAAGGAAUACUUCACCCACAAAAUGUCCUUUGUAUAACAGUUACUCACCGCGGGUCAGGUUGAAUUGGUGAAGUAGACGUUUUUCUCGCAUGUGUCCACGAUGAAUGAAGAAUCCAAAAACAUAAAAUUCUUGAUGAACUCAAGUAAAAAGGGGCCAUGUUUUACAGCAGCAAACUUUUAUCAAAACAUUUGUUUACAAACCUUCACAUAACUCAUGCAGUACAAUCCAGAUCUCAUUUAUCCAGUUGUGUCCUCUGUACUUCCCACACAUGCAUUUUGUCAUUAACAGAUGAGUGCUGCAUCUUUGCAACUCUAUGGAUUGCAUGAGCUCAGUUGCACUUGCCCAUACAGUUACCCUUAUGCAGAAAUAUUUAACAUGUAAGGUUUUAGCAAAAAUGCAUGUGUUUGGAAUUUUUUUACAGAUUUGCCAAAGGUAAACACGGCCCCCUAUGACUUCAAUUAAUCAAGAAUUUUCUCAGGUUUUGGAUUAUUCUUUCACCCUGGUGGCACAUGAGAAAAACAUUUCUUCCUGAAUUCAACUUCACACAGUGUGAGUAACUGAUACAUAAACAAAUUUUGAGGGUAAAGUUUUCCUUUAAGAUAUUUUUUGACUUUCCUACACUAAUCUUUGUUUAGUACCAACUGGAAACAGAUUCUCUUAAUCAGAAACAAGCGUCUAAAGUUUAUUAUUCAGCUUCCCUAAAAGUGGUUUGUUAGCAUCCUCAUUCCAAACAAUGGGUGCAGAGAUGCUAAUAGCGUGCAGAAACUUUCUUUGCACCGUGCACACACAAUAUGAUCUGUGAGAGGAGGAGGAAAAAGACAAAAAUGUUAAGGUAUUCCUUGCCAUAUUUUUUUUUUUUCCUUGUAGUGUCACUGAGUCCGUUGAAGUAAAUCAAGUGUAGAAGAAUCAGAGGGACAGGAGAUGUGUAGCUGUAGCUCAGGAAAGCCAAUGGAACCUACAGAAAUAUAUCCAGGGACAAAGUGCAAUGCUGUUCCUUUCAUUGAUUUUUUUGUUUGUUUUUUUUUUCUAUUAUUUUUUUUUCUCGUUCUGAAUGCGUUUGUGCACAAGUGUGCUGUUUUUUAUGUCGGCUUUUAUGCUUGUGUACGUGCAACAUGCGACUGUGCAGGUGUCUGAAUAUUUAGAACUGUCCAACUUUGUGUGUUUGUGUGUCUGCGUGCAUGGCUGCAUGUGUGCCUUUUCUUUUAAACCUCUCAAGCUCUUGUGUUUACACCUUGUGUGCAUGCUUCAGCUUUCAGGGCUUGUAAGCUUUCACCGCAUUGACCGUGAAGUUUGUUUCAUGUGGAGGUGUAAACUUAAUUUGCAUUUAGAGCAGAGUCUGCCACACACACACACACACACACACACACCUGCAGCUUUUCUCUCUCAUUCACAGAUGUUUAGUCUAUUGUAGAAACACACAGUAUGAAGGGCACAGAGCUUGAUUCAAAAUCACUUAAGUUUCCUUGGCCUCUGCAGAAGCUGUCACAAAACAUAAAGCCUCUAUCUCUUUAUUUCCACUGUCAGAAACACUUUUAUGGGUCAUGAAUGGUUACAGCUUGAUCCCUUCCCGUGCAUCCCGAGGUGAAGUAGCAGUGGCCCACUACGUGAAUAGAGAUGAAACUUUCCAGGAUUGAGGUCAUGGAGUCCUUAAAUCUUUACUUUUAUUUCAUUCAAAAUUAUUUAUUUGCAAUGUGGGAUCAGCAUGUAAAUGUACAAAGAGUAAAUCUGGAGAUUACAACUUUAUUCUCCUUUAUAUUGUAAUUUAGUAACCUUUUAAAACUCAGAAGGUUCAGUAAGGUUGUAGUAUGAUCACUUUACAUUUAGUUUUCUCUUUCUAACAAGCCAGUUGAUUAUUCCAAAAUGAAAUUUAUCCAGAUGUUUUCAUGUGAAAAUAAGCUGCUUGCUGCUGAAUAGGUAAAAAAAGUGACAGUUGUUGUUUUUGCAGUCUGUUAAAUACAACCUAUGCAAAACACUGGCAUGGGAUUUCCUAAUUCCUCGUAAUUCUCAGAGGCAUGCUAAUACGCAUCUUCUGUUUCGGUCACAAGCUUGUCACCUGUAAGAAAAAAUUCAAGCUGAUCUGAGAUUUCACACUUUUCCACAGCCCCGAAACGAAGCCAUGCUGCAGCAGCAUGUGGAUGAAUGAAUCAUGUGUUAGUAUGUAGGUAUGAAGAAAUGCUGUUCAGUAUGUGUGAGUGUCAAAAUGUGACAUCUAAGGGUAACUUCAGUUUUUCAACCUGGACCCAUUUUUCCAUGUUGUUGUGUCAAGAUCACAACUGGAGACAAAAGUUUUUGAAAUGAGUUCAGUAUUAAGAGCCCUGCAGCUUCCAGCAUGGAAACAGGCUCAUAUGUAAACACUUAGGGCAUUUGUGCACUGUCUAGUCGCUUGUUUUUGCCACUGACAGGCACAAUUUGUCAUAAGUGUCGGACAACAUUUUGGAAAGGAUUCCCACAGAGAUAGACAUUUUCGUUAGUAAGAUCCUUUUUGUUUAACCAGAAACAGCCCCAAAAUCGCUUUCACCAAACCCACCAGACUCCAUUCAAAUUAACAGUAAUUUAAGCAUGUACAGAGUCAGCAUAUUUUGACAUCUAAUUCAUUGAAACUGGUUGACUUAAGGGUUUACUUUAACCAAAUCAGAGUCAGAGAUUAUUGGAACAAUGGAAAGACGGAACAAAGACAAUUUUUGUUGUUUUAUUUAGUUUCUGAUGACUUUUAGUUAUUUGUUUCGUGGUGAUAAAAUUACUAUUUAUUUGAAUGGAGUCUGGUGGCUAUGGCAGUAGCAAUUGGGGCUGUUUCUGGCUUUACAAAAUCUUAAUUUUUAACAAAAAUGUCUUAUCUCUGUAUGGAUCCUUUCCAAUAUUCCCAUUAUGUUUUAAGACACUUAGAAUUAAAACCUGUCUGUCCGUGGCAAAAACAACUACAUUAAAGCCUGUUUUGCAACUGCUGGAUGCAACAGUCUUGUCCAAUACCUGACAAAUUUUUAAAAAACUGUUUCCUUCAUUAGUUACUAAGAAACAAAACAUAGGGAAAUGGAGUCCAGGUUGAAAAAUACCAAAGUUUCCCCUUAAAUGAGAAGUUUGUCAUUUUUCUGUUUUCUUCCUGCUGUGCAAUGAUUCUCCCCCUUCUCUUUUUGUGAAAUAUUCAAACUGUGAUUAUAAUAUACAUUUGUAAAUAUGUCAUUCUGUAAAAUUAUAAGAUGUUUUUAAAAAUAAUGAUUCUGGAUUAUGUUUGUAUAUAUGGUGUUUCCAGGGAAUAAAAGGAGAUGAGUCUUAAA